UGUGGGGUGGUGGCUAGACACGGAUUUCCCAGGGAGUCAUCUUCGUGGAAUUGUGUGGUGGAUAGACGUUUAGAAGCACUAUUACAAACAUUUCCUUUUCUUUUCCCUUGCAGCACGUUUUAUGAAGAUUGGUCUUUUGUGAUGGAUGAAGAAAGGUCUAGCAUGCUUCCCACCAUGGCAGCUGGUCUCAACUCCAUACUCUUUGCCAUUAACAUCGACAACAAGGAUUUAAACGGGCAGAGUAAGUUCGCUCCCACCGUGUCAGACCUCCUGAAGGAGUCCACACAGAAUGUGACGUCCUUGCUGAAGGAGUCCACGCAGGGAGUGAGCAGCCUUCUCAGGGAGAUCACGGCCUCCUCUGCUGUCUCCAUCCUCAUCAGACCCGAGCAGGAGAGUGACCCGCUGCCCGUUGUGUCCAGGAGUGUCAGUGGCGAUGCCAGAUGUAAAAAGGAACGGAAGAAGAAAAAGAAGGUGACCAACAUUAUCUCAUUUGAUGAUGAAGAAGAUGAGCAGAACUCUGGGGAUAUUUUCAAAAAGAUACCCGGGGCAGGGGAGAGCUCAGAGGAGAACUCUGACCGCUCCUCAGUCAAUAUCAUGUCGGCCUUUGAAAGCCCCUUUGGGCCAAAUUCCAAUGGCAGCCAGAGCAGUAACUCAUGGAAAAUUGAUUCUAUGUCAUUGAACGGGGAGUCUGGGUACCAGAAGCUCGAUGUGAAAAGCAUCGACGAUGAGGAUGUGGAUGAAAAUGAGGAUGAAGGGUACAGGAACUCAGCAGGAAGGAAGCACCCGGUCUGCUCAGAGUCCCCAGACAAUAGGCCGCUGGACGGGAGCAGCUGCCUCUCGCAGGUGCACAGCUGGGCUCCGCUGCAGGUGCUGCACGGCGAUGCGGAUGUCCUGUUCCCCGUCAGCGUCAGCCAAGUGGGCUCGUAUGGUGCAGCAGAUGCCCCCGUGGGAAGCCUGGAGAAUGGGACGGGACCGGAGGCUCAUGCUGUGCCAGAGACUGGACUGCGGUUCGGCGUGGAAGCCAGGUCUCCAAGCCAGGGAAGUCCUCUGGGCAGCCUGCUCCCCUCUGCCUCCGUGCCGGAGUCCAUGACAGUCAGUGAACUGCGCCAAGCCAUCGUGGCCAUGAUGAAUAGGAAGGAUGAGCUGGAAGAAGAGAACAGGUCACUGCGGAACCUGCUUGAUGGCGAGAUGGAACACUCGGCUGUGCUCCGGCAAGAGGUAGACACGCUAAAAAGAAAGGUGGCUGAGCAGGAGGAGCGGCACACUGUCAAGGUCCAGGCACUGGCAAGAGAAAACGAGGUGCUCAAAGUCCAGCUGAAGAAAUACGUUGGAGCUGUCCAGAUGCUGAAAAGAGAAGGCCAAACAGCUGAAGCUGUGCCAAAUCUUUGGAAUGUGGAUGGAGAAGUUCCUGUCCCAGAACAGAAGCCAGGAGAAGUGGCCGAAGAGCUGGCGAGCUCCUAUGAAAGAAAGCUCAUUGAGGUGGCGGAGAUGCACGGGGAGCUGAUCGAGUUCAACGAGCGCCUACACAGGGCCCUGGUGGCCAAGGAAGCCCUCGUGUCCCAGAUGAGACAAGAGCUCAUCGACCUCCGGGGACCGGUACCCGGAGAUCUGAGCCAAACAUCCGAAGACCAGAGUUUGUCAGAUUUUGAAAUAUCCAACCGGGCGCUGAUCAAUGUCUGGAUCCCAUCUGUGUUUCUCCGUGGCAAAGCAGCUAACGCAUUCCACGUGUAUCAGGUGUACAUCCGGAUCAAGGAUGACGAGUGGAAUGUCUACCGGCGGUACACGGAAUUCCGGAGCUUGCACCACAGGCUGCAGAGCACGUUCCCCCAGGUGCGGGCCUACACCUUCCCACCCAAGAAGGCCAUCGGGAAUAAGGACGCCAAGUUCGUGGAGGAGCGGCGGAAGCAGCUGCAGAGUUACCUGCGCAGUGUCAUGAACAAGGUCAUCCAGAUGGUGCCCGAGUUUGCCGCCAGCCCCAAGAAAGAGACGCUCGUGCAGCUGAUGCCCUUCUUCGUGGACGUCGCCCCUCCCGGAGAGCCGCUGAGCAAGAGCAGCCGCCCCAAAGCGGCCUCCCGCUUCUCCCGGCUGUCCCGAGGGCCCCCCCGGGAGCUGCGCAAUGUGGAGCCCCAGAGCGGCGACCUCUGACCUCAAGGAAUCCAGACCUGGCCACUGCAUCCCACGCGCUGUGGCCGUGGCCCAGUGCCUUGGCACCGCAAGCACACCUCCCCCGCCGCCACGUGCCACUGAUUAAACCAUCCCUCGGCUGCCAGGCCCGUCCUUGCACACGGGGCACGGGGCCCUGCUCUCCAGCGGGUGGGCACUGGGCUGGACUCGAAGUCUGUGGGCGAGAUGAACAACCCCGGGGUUUCCUGGCACAGGGGGACUCCCAGGGGAGCCAGCGUGGCCACGGGCCUCUGCGCUUGUUCUCACGUGGAGGCGGGGCUGCACCGCGGCCGGUGGUUCCUCUCCACGCUCCUCCCCGUCCCCUGCCGGAGCCGGCGGCGCUGCUCAGCUGGUCCCGGAGAGCCGUGCCUCGUCCCGGCUGGCUUCAGGAUGCCCCAGGGUCGGCACUGUGGGGACCUCUGUGGAAGGUUCUAGCUCCUGUGGCGAUCACGAUGGCCCCUCAAGACUCGAUUGGUCCUGUCCACCCUGUGUCCCCCGAGCCUUGCCCCCUGCUCAGGGCGGGACGAGGAUCCGCGUGGCAGCCAUGGUCCACACCCCUCCCCCAGGACAGGCUGCCUGCGACACAGCCCGAGCUGCACGGGUCCCCAACCCCGCGGGCCCCGCCAGGAGCCCAGCAGAUAGGAGUUUGUUAAAAGGACUGCGCAACAGUUGGGGUACAGCUGCUUUGGGGACCAGAGAAUAAGAACUGACUAGAGACUUGUUGGGGAACAGAGAACCCCCUCAGAGAACCACCACAGCCCUCCUGACAGCCAUGGCUGCUCCCCGCCAGCCGGUGACCUCCCCGCGGGCACUGGUGGCCGUGCAGCCAUCUGGACCAUGGUGGUGCGGUGUCUGCGCCGGCCCUGGCCGUGCUCCCCGCAGAGGGCCAUGGCUGCCUCCUCCGCCGAACCCUCACUGACACGAGCAUGCACAGCCACAGCCAAGACCCAGGCCAGCCGUGAGUGCCCAGAGCUCCUGACGUCUCCUUGGGGUCACCUGGCUGCCCCGCCCUCCCCACCCCUCCCAGGCCCGUGCACGUGGGUCCCCAAACCCUUCCGAGCCCACAGCAGGCACAGACCCGCUGUGCGGGCGGCCCCCGUGCAGCUGCUCGCUUCUACCUGCGCCUGGCCGCGGGGCCAGCUCUGCCACCUCAUCCCCCACCCGGCACCUGGCACUGUCCCCCAGUCACAGCGGCCCAGGGCCAGACCUGCUCCUGCCCUGCCGCUGGAGGCAGAGGGGAGCGGGCGCCACCCCUGAACAAGGCCUCCACACCUCCCCCCGCCCUCCCGGCCCCCCGCCAGCCCCAGGGAAGCAGCUGGGUGCUGGGUGGGCGCCGCUCCGGUUCCGCACAGCUCCAGCGCUGUGUAUCUGAUCUUCCAGUUCCGUGCCAAGAAGUCCACGUCCCUGCUUCCUUACCACUGGCCUCGGUGGCGGCUCCGGCCCGAGGCAACCGGACCCUGCUCCACCCUGGCCCAGCGCCCCCGUCAGGCCGCUGUCUGCGGCAGCCCUCGGCCCUCUCCCUCCCCCCGACUCCAGCGGGCUCCCAGGUACCCAGAGGCUUUGUGAGAAGUAGAAGCACACUAGAAAAGAUUGAGUGGCACCACUGGUAGAAGGGUCUGGAACCACCAAGUUCUGAUGCCAGGUCUGAUUGGCUGGUCCUGUGUCUCCCUGUCCUGCUUGUACCCCCCAUGGCCCGCCCCCCUCCACUGGGGCCGCCCGUCCCCUCACAGUUGCCACCAGAGUUGCUAAGUCCUGGAGCGUGGGGUCCCCACAAGAAUGGGGCUCCCUAGCCUUUGGCAUCUCUAAGUGACCCCACAAAGGCUGAGGGGUGUGGGGAGCAGGCGCGCAGCACUAGGCCGCCGGGCCUGCCGCCCACGGGGUGCUUGGCACCCAGCUGCCCCGUGUUAAGGUUUACACACUAGAAUUUUUAACAAAUACAUUUAAUUUUCUAAACUCUCUUGUAUUAAAGCUUUCUUUUGGAAUAAGCUGCGGGGAUUUUGUUACAGUCUGGCUGAGACUAACCUCUUCCCAGCGAGGACAUAAACACCACGUUUUAUACAGCA